CUGCGUGCGCGGCGGUGGGCGGGGUGCUUCGGCUUGGCUGGCGGUCACGAAAAUGGCGGCCGGUAUCCGGGAGAAGCAGACAGUGGCGUUGAAAUGUAUGCUGAACUUCAAUGUUCCUCCUGUUAAAAACAGCAUAGGAGAGCCAGUAUGGAAGGUUCUCAUUUAUGACAGAUUUGGCCAAGAUAUAAUCUCACCUUUGCUGUCAGUGAAAGAGCUGAGAGAUAUGGGCAUCACUUUACAUCUGCUUUUGCAUUCAGAUCGGGAUGCUAUUCCAGAUGUUCCAGCUGUUUACUUUGUAAUGCCAACAGAAGAAAAUAUUGACAGAAUAUGCCAGGAUCUUCGAAACCAGCUUUAUGAAUCUUACUAUUUAAACUUUAUUUCUGCCAUUUCGAGAAGUAAACUGGAAGAUAUUGCAAGUGCUGCCAUAGGUGCUAAUGCAGUAACUCAGGUGGCUAAGGUGUUUGAUCAAUAUCUUAAUUUUAUUACUUUAGAAGAUGACAUGUUUGUAUUGUGUAACCAAAACAAAGAACUUGUUUCAUACCGUGCCAUUAACCGACCAGAUAUAACAGACACAGAAAUGGAAACUAUAAUGGACACUAUUGUUGAUAGUCUCUUCUGUUUCUUUGUUACACUUGGAGGUAUUCCUAUAAUAAGAUGCUCAAGAGGAACUGCAGCUGAAAUGGUGGCAGUGAAAUUAGAUAAGAAGCUCAGAGAGAACCUAAGAGAUGCCAGAAACAGUCUUUUUACAGGUGACACGCUUGGAGCUGGCCAGUUCAGCUUUCAAAGGCCCCUAUUAGUCCUUGUUGACAGGAACAUAGAUUUAGCAACUCCUCUACAUCAUACUUGGACGUACCAAGCUUUAGUGCAUGAUGUUCUGGAUUUCCAUUUGAAUAGAGUUAACUUGGAGGAAUCAACAGGAACAGAAAGUUCUCAAGCAGGUGCUAGACCUAAGAAGAAAAAUAAGAAGUCCUAUGAUUUAACUGCAUCUGAUAAAUUCUGGCAAAAGCAUAAGGGCAGUCCUUUUCCAGAGGUAGCAGAAUCUGUUCAGCAAGAACUGGAAUCCUACAGGGCCCAAGAAGAUGAAGUCAAAAGACUUAAAAGUAUCAUGGGUAUAGAAGGGGAGGAUGAAGGAGCAAUAAGUAUGCUUUCUGAUAAUACAGCUAAGCUAACUUCAGCUGUCAGCUCUCUUCCAGAACUUCUAGAAAAGAAGAGGCUCAUUGAUCUUCAUACAAAUGUUGCAACAGCCGUUUUGGAACAUAUAAAGAGUCGAAAGCUGGAUGUGUAUUUUGAAUAUGAGGAAAAAAUAAUGAGCAAAUCCACUCUGGAUAAAUCUCUUCUGGACAUGAUUUCUGACCCAGAUGCGGGAACUCCAGAAGACAAGAUGCGAUUAUUUCUGAUCUAUUACAUAAGCUCAGCUCAGGCACCCUCAGAGAUUGAUUUGGAGCAGUACACAAAAGCGUUGAUGGAUGCAGGUUGUAAUCUUGCUCCUUUGAGCUACAUAAAACAAUGGAAGGCUUUCACUAAGAUGGCUUCAGCUCCAGCCAGCUAUGGAAACACUACACCUAAACCUUUGGGUCUGUUUUCACGUGUUAUGAAUACAGGAUCACAGUUUGUAAUGGAAGGAGUGAAGAACUUGGUACUGAAGCAACAAAAUCUACCAGUCACCCGUAUAUUGGACAACCUUAUGGAGAUGAAAUCAAACCCUGAGACAGAUGACUACCGGUAUUUUGACCCCAAGAUGCUACGAGGCAGUGACAGCUCAGUUCCAAGAAACAAAAAUCCAUUCCAGGAGGCAAUAGUGUUUGUAGUUGGAGGAGGCAACUAUAUUGAAUACCAAAAUCUUAUUGACUACAUAAAGUGGCAGGAAGCUGAAGUUUCUGAGGAACAAAAGGGUAAACAGAAGGUCACUUGAUAAACAAAGGAGAGGACAGAAGGAACUGAAAACUACAGGAAUAGUCAUGUUGGAUUUUGUGGAGAGUCAGAAGUUGGAUGUAGUUUUUCUUCUGGAACCUGUGGACAGAGGUUACUCCAUCACCAGUUGUCCUCACUGAAGGGUGCUGCGUGUUUCUCUGGUCAGAGUGCAUACUUGGUCAGCAGGAGAAAACCUCCCCAGGGAGAAGACUCCCUUGCCUGUAUUCCACUUAGCUGUUUGCUCUUGAAAAACAAGAAAGGCUAAUGAAAACAUUAGUUGAACCUCCCACCCGCUGGAGACUUGUCUGCCUCUCCCACGUGACUCAACAGGCUUAUCCAAUAACGUUUGCUUUUCCAUGUGGUGCACUUCCAGAAUCUGUUUCAACAGAUGUAGCUUAUUAAUUAUUCUAAUAUUCAGUCAGUCUUCCACCAGAAUAAAAAAGAGAAAAAUCAACAGCUCUGUUCUUGCAAGCAGAUACCACAAAGAUUUUAUUCACUGCUUUGUUUUCUUAAGCACUGUUUUGCCAGUUUGCCUCUGAAAGCACAGAGAAAGUCUUUUGAAAGUUGCUAAAACAGGAAGCAAUGUUCAUUCAGCUUUGAUGUUCUGGGGUUUUUUGGUAGGAGAAUUAGGAGGAACCCUCAAAUCCAUUACUUACAGUUAGAUUGGACUAUCACACAUGGUCAAAAAGCAAAUAUUUUUAAUGUCAGUAAGGCUGAUUGUGCCUUAAAAUAAAUAUAUUAGCCAAGUUUAGUUCAACAUGCUGAAAAUGUGCCAUCAGAAUUGCAAACUUGAGGGAGCCUCCAAGAAGUGACUAACAUACUGAUUUGUAUGAAAAUUUAGCAUGUCCUUUAAUUUCAUUUUGUAGAUCUUUAGAAGGGUGAAACUAAUAUGUGAAUGUUCCAGUCUACAGUCUAUAAUCUGUUUCAGUCUACCUGUGAUAAAUGUCUUGUCAUAAAUGAUAACGUCUAAUUCCAGGAUAGUUUUAAGUCAUUAAAAAAUACUGAAGUUUGAAGAGUUAACUGGGGAUAUUUUAUUUUUAGAUAUUAAGCAAUU